AUGAUUCUGCUCUCGUUGACGCUGAGCGUCGUCAAUUGUUUUGUUGUCAUUGGUAAUUUAUUGGUUUUCUAUGUGAUUCUGACGAAGAAAUCACUUCAAACAUCCACGAAUCAUUUGGUGUUAUCACUGACAAUCAGUGAUCUACUUCUUGGAAUUCUCAUUCUUCCAUUUGCUAUAAUUCAGGAGCAUUCCAAUGAAUGGAUUUUCGGACAUGUGGGAUGCCGACUGUGGCUUUCAGUGGAUGUAUUUCUCUCAACUGCCUCCAUUUAUAACCUUCUUGCGAUUUCAUUCGACAGAUAUAUGGCUGUUCGUCAGCCGAUCAAAUACCCAAUCAUCUCCUCCACAAAAGUAGUCCGUCUGAUGACGUUCCUCGUGUGGUUCUGUUCUCUUCUUCUCGCAGUCAUCCUCUUUUUACUUGAAACUCUAAAUGCUCAUGACUCGAUACCAUCAAAAGAAUGUCAGCCGACGACUCUGCCAUCAAUGUAUAUUAUAUUCUCGGCAAUGGCUUCAUUCAUUGUUCCUGCAUUUGUGAUGGUUAUUCUGAAUGUCAGAAUAUUUCAAACAGUCCUUCACACUUCGAGAACAAUGACUGUAAAGUCCAAGAAUGGGUCAUUGAGAGUUCACAGAAGAAAGGAACCAAUCGUUCCAGUGAAGAAACUCGAGAGAUACGAAACUCGAUUGAGUCAAGAGGAUGAAGGCGUGGGAUCUCCAUCAAAAGAAGUCAUUGACCCGAUUCCUGUCGUGGCUGCAGUCGUUGAAAAGCACAAGAAUUCCGUCGAUGCACCCGCAAUUCGCUCUUUUCUCACGCACACUGUGGUUUUUGGAGUUUUGGAAGCCAAAAAGACCAAUAUCAUCAACCACAUCACACAAUGGUGGAGAAGAAGCAUGGUUCGGUCACCGAAUCGAACCCCCAGAAAGAAGUGCAUGAGACGAUCUAUUCGAACCGAAAUGCGAGUUGCUCGUACUACUGGAAUCGUUGUGGCUGCUUUUAUUGUUUGUUGGAUUCCAUUCACCACUAUCUAUGUUCUUCAAGCGUAUUCUUUUUGUACUGUAGCUGCUGGAUGCAUUCCAACUUCACUUUUCACCACUGCUUUCUGGUUGGGAUAUUCUAAUUCGGCAGUCAAUCCAAUCCUUUACGCUGCCUUCUCCCGCGAUUUCAGAAUUGCUCUCAAAAGAUUAUUCUUCCAAAAACCACACUUUUGA